AUGUUGUAUAAUUUGAGACUUGGUGCUACAUGGCUGCAAGACUCUCUAGGAGAUAAGGAGCAUGAAGAAAGUACAACCAAUUCUGAAUUACAAUUCUUUGAUAUGAACACCAUAACUACAGCCACAAAUAAUUUCUCUUCUAAGAACGAACUUGGACGUGGUGGUUUUGGCUCAGUUUAUAAGGGUCAGCUAUCUAAUGGACAAGAAAUAGCUGUGAAAAAAUUAUCAAAGGAUUCGGGACAAGGAAAAGAAGAAUUUAAGAAUGGAGCGACACUUAUUGCAAAACUCCAACACGUGAAUCUUGUGAGGCUUUUGGGUUGUUGCAUUACAGAAGAAGAGAAUAUCUUAGUCUAUGAGUACUUGUCAAACAAAAGUUUAGACUCUUUCAUUUUCGAUGAAACAAAGAAGUCAUUGUUAGAUUGGAGGAAACGCUUCGAAAUUAUUGUUGGAAUUACUCGAGGAAUCUUAUAUCUUCAUGAGGACUCUAGAUUAAGAAUCAUACACAAAGAUCUAAAAGCAAGCAAUGUUCUACUCGAUGCCGAAAUGUUUCCAAAAAUUUCAGAUUUUGGCUUGGCUAGAAUAUUUCGAGGAAAUCAAAUGGAAGGAAACACAAAUCGAGUAGUUGGAACAUAUGGUUACAUGUCACCUGAGUAUGCGAUGGAAGGGUUAUUUUCAACAAAAUCCGAUGUCUAUAGCUUCGGAGUUUUGUUGUUAGAGAUUAUUACUGGGAGAAAAAAUAGCACCUAUUAUCGGGACGGUCCAUCCAUAAGCUUAGUUGGAAAUGUUUGGAACUUAUGGGAAGAAGGCAAAGCCUUAGAUAUAAUCAAUCCGUCACUAGAAAAGUCAUACCCUACAGAUGAAGUAUUGAGAUGCAUCCAAAUUGGGCUCUUAUGUGUCCAAGAAUCUGUAACGGAUCGACCUACCAUGUUGACUAUUAUUUUCAUGUUGGGUAAUAACUCUACUCUUCCUUUUCCUAAAUGGUCUGCAUUUAUUUCAAAAACAACUCACAAGAGUGAAGAUCUAUCAUCCUCUAGUGAUGGACUUUUAUCUGUAAAUAAUGUGACCGUGACUGUGCUUCAACCUCGCUAAAUGCUUACACUUUCAAUUUAUCCUCCUUGACAAGGAAUUGUAUACACAAUGUCAUUAAGAGAACACCUUUUGAUUUAAUCAUCA